GACCAGACCAAGCGCUACGAGCUCAACUUUGGCCAGAUCUACCUCUCGCCGCCGACCCAGACCGAGGCCGACGGCACCGUCGCCCCCAUGUUCCCCAACGAGGCCCGCCUCCGCAACCUCACCUACUCGGCGCCGCUGUACAUCGACCUCAAGAAGCGCGUCCUCGUCCAGGCGAGCGACGAGCCCAACCCCGAGACGGGCGAGCUCGACUGGGUCGACGAGGACCCGUCGGCGGCAGACGGCGACGGCGCAGACGGUGGACCGACAGAGGAGAAGAUCUACAUCGGCAAGGUCCCCAUCAUGCUCCAGAGCAAGUUCUGCAUUCUCGACGGCCUCGAGGAGAAGGACAAGCUCGAGCUCAACGAGUGCCCGUUCGACAAGGGCGGCUACUUCAUCAUCAACGGCUCGGAAAAGGUCCUCAUCGCGCAGGAGCGCAUGGCGACCAACCGCGUGUACGUGUUCGCCAAGUCGCAGCCGUCGCCCAUCUCGUACCUCGCCGAGAUUAGGUCGGCCGUCGAGAAGGGCGGCAAGACCAUCUCGUCGCUCCAGAUCAAGAUGAUGCGCCGCACCGAGCGCCAGUCGGGCGCCACGAUGAAGAGCACGAUCCCGUACAUUCGCGCCGACAUCCCGAUCGUCGUCGUCUUCCGCGCGCUCGACAUCAUCCCGGACAAGGACAUCCUCGACCACAUCGUGUACGACCGCACCGACACCGAGAUGUUUGAGCUCAUGAAGCCCUGUCUCGAGGACGCGUUCCCGAUCCAGUCUCGAGACGUCGCCCUCGACUUUAUCGGCCGCCGCGGCACCGUCUCUGCCCUGUCGCGCGACCGUCGCAUCAACUACGCGCAGGAGAUCCUCCAGAAGGAGAUGCUGCCGCACGUGUCGAUGGCGCCCGGCCAGAACACCAAGAAGGCCUUCUUCUUCGGCUACAUGGUCCACCGCCUCCUCCUCGCGGCGCUCCAGCGCCGAGAGCUUGACGACCGCGACCACUUUGGCGCCAAGCGGCUCGACCUCGCCGGCCCGCUCUUGGCCGCCCUGUUCCGCAUGCUGUUCCGCAAGUUGACCAAGGACGUGUACCGCCACCUCCAGAAGUGCGUCGAGACGGGCAAGCCGUUCAACAUCAACUCGGCCGUCAAGUCGACGACGAUCACCAACGGGCUCAAGUACUCGCUCGCGACGGGCAACUGGGGCGACCAGAAGAAGGCCAUGUCGGCCAAGGCGGGCGUGUCGCAGGUCCUGAACCGGUACACGUUCGCUUCAACCCUGUCGCACUUGCGGCGCACCAACACGCCGAUCGGCCGCGACGGCAAGAUCGCCAAGCCGCGCCAGCUGCACAACACGCACUGGGGCAUGGUGUGCCCGGCCGAGACGCCCGAGGGCCAGGCGUGCGGCCUCGUCAAGAACCUCGCGCUCAUGGCCUACAUCUCGGUCGGCACCCCGUCGGCGCCCAUCGUCGAGUUUCUCGAGGAGUGGGGCAUGGAGAACCUCGAGGAGUACUCGUCCGACAUGAGCAAGGCGACCAAGGUGUUCGUCAACGGCGUCUGGCAGGGCGUCCACCGCGACCCGGCCCAGCUCGUGUCGACGAUCAAGUCGCUCCGGCGCCGGGGCGACAUCUCGUACGAGGUGUCGAUCGUGCGCGACGUGCGCGAGCGCGAGCUGCGCCUGUUCACCGACGCCGGCCGCGUGUGUCGCCCGCUGUUCGUCGUCGAGGACCAGCGCCUCGCCCUGCGCAAGGAGCACAUCGACGCCCUGAACCGCGACCCGGCCGGCGGCGCGCUCGGCGGCGGCGACGAGGACGACGACGACGACGAGGCGUCGCGCAAGCUCAAGUGGAACGACCUCGUCGAGCAGGGCAUCGUCGAGUACCUCGACGCCGAGGAGGAGGAGACGGUCAUGAUCUGCAUGACGCCCGAGGACCUCGAGUCGUCGCGGCACCACGCCGAGACGGGCGAGCUCGAGGUGACGGCCGGCGGGCUCGGCGACGCGUCGGCGACGGUCAAGGCGACGGGCGCCGCCAAGACGCACACGUGGACGCACUGCGAGAUCCACCCGAGCAUGAUCCUCGGCAUCUGCGCGUCCAUCAUCCCGUUCCCGGACCACAACCAGUCGCCGCGCAACACGUACCAGUCGGCCAUGGGCAAGCAGGCCAUGGGCGUCUACCUCACCAACUACCAGGUCCGCAUGGACACGAUGGCCAACAUCCUGUACUACCCGCAAAAGCCCCUCGCGACGACGCGCUCGAUGGAGUACCUCCACUUCCGCGAGCUGCCCGCCGGCCAGAACGCGAUCGUCGCCAUCCUGUGCUACUCGGGCUACAACCAGGAGGACUCGGUCAUCAUGAACCAGUCGUCGAUCGACCGCGGCCUGUUCCGCUCCCUGUACUACCGGUCGUACAUGGACCAGGAGAAAAAAUCGGGCCAGGUCCAGCUCGAGGAGUUUGAGAAGCCGACGCGCGACUCGACCCUGCGCCUCAAGCACGGCACGUACGAGAAGCUCGACGCCGACGGCCUCGUCGGACUCGGCGAGCGCGUCGCAGGCGAGGACAUCAUCAUCGGCAAGACGGCGCCGCUCCCGACCGACUCCGAGGAGCUCGGCCAGCGCCUCAAGUCGCACACGAAGCGUGACGUCUCGACGCCGCUCAAGUCGACCGAGAACGGCAUCGUCGACCAGGUGCUCCUCACGACCAACUCGGAAGGCCUCAAGUUCGUCAAGAUCCGCGUGCGCUCGACCCGAGUGCCCGAGAUUGGCGACAAGUUCGCCUCGCGCCACGGCCAGAAGGGCACGAUCGGCAUCACGUACCGCCAUGAGGACAUGCCGUUCUCGCCCGAGGGCACGACGCCCGACAUCAUCAUCAACCCGCACGCCAUCCCGUCGCGCAUGACGAUCGGCCACUUGGUCGAGUGCCUCCUGUCCAAGGUGUCGACCAUCACGGGCAACGAGGGCGACGCGACGCCGUUCAGCGAGGUGACGGUCGAGGCCAUCUCGUCGCUCCUGCGCAACUACGGCUACCACUCGCGCGGCCUCGAGGUCAUGUACAACGGCCACACCGGCCGCAAGCUCCAGGCGCAGGUCUACCUCGGCCCGACCUACUACCAGCGCCUCAAGCACAUGGUCGGCGACAAGAUCCACGCCCGAGCUCGUGGCCCGGUCCAGAUCCUGACGAGGCAGCCUGUCGAGGGUCGCUCGCGCGACGGCGGCUUGAGGUUCGGCGAGAUGGAGCGCGACUGCAUGCUCGCGCACGGUGUCGCAGGCUUCCUCAAGGAGCGCGUCUUCGACGUCAGCGACGGCUACCGGGUCCACGUCUGCGAGAUCUGCGGCUUGACCGCCAUCGCCAACCUCAAGAAGCAGUCGUUCGAGUGCCGCGCGUGCCGGAACAAGACGGCCAUUGCCCAGGUCCACAUCCCGUACGCGGCAAAGCUCCUCUUCCAGGAGCUCCAGGCGAUGAACAUCGCGUCGCGCUUCGGCUUCGAGGACAAGGCGAGCGAGAACGUGGCCCGCCAGCAGGCGGCCGACUCGUGAGCGACGAGGUCGAGCUUUUGAGGAGGACGAGGGAGCGCAGCAGGAUCCAGACGUGUCGGCGUGUUGUACGAUGCCGAGUGUGCAAGGCAGUUGUCCCGCAUAGA